CAAGGGCUGGGCUCCGCAUUUCGCCUUGCCCGGUUGGGCAGAACGUUUCCUGGCUGUCUCCCCCUCGGCCCGGCGUUGGUCUCGCUCUCUCCGGAGCUUUGGGGCGGGAGGCGCAUACGCCCCCCGUGGGAGACCCGACAGAAUGUUGCGAUUUCGUCUCCUUCCUGCUAUGGCGGCCUUGGCUGUCACUUCCAGGCGCCAUUUUGGUACUUCUCGUUAUGCCCAAAGCCGACGCAGGCUUAUGAUGGUAGCCUUUGCAGGGACAGCAGCUCUAACCACAAGCACCGGGCUUCUUUGGAGAAGAGCCCAGGCAGAAGCAUCGCCUCCUGUGAAUCAUGACAUGCACACGACGGAUGAGAAAAUGAAAGACAGAGAAGUAGCGAAUGAAGGGAGCGAUGAAGAGAAAGCUCUAGAGUCCAAUAACGUUUCUCAGGCAGAAGGAAAGAAGAAAAAGCAGCGUUCUGGAUUUCGAGACCGUAAGGUGAUGGAAUAUGAAAACAGGAUCCGAGCUUACUCUACUCCAGAUAAAAUCUUUCGAUACUUUGCCACAUUGAAAAUCAUCAGUGAGCAUGGAGAUUCAGAAGUAUUUAUGACCCCACAAGAUUUUGUGCGAUCUAUAACACCAAAUGAAAAGCAACCAGAAAAUUUAGGUCUUGAUCAAUUUGUGGUGAAACGCUACGAUGGAAAGAGAAUUUCCCAGGAACGUGAGAAGUUUGCAGAUGAAGACAGCAUCUUUUAUGCCCUUGGAGAAUGUGGCUUGAUUUCCUUUUCUGAUUAUAUCUUCCUCACAACAGUCCUGUCAACUCCUCAGAGAAACUUUGAAAUUGCUUUCAAGAUGUUUGAUCUAAAUGGCGAUGGAGAAGUGGAUAUGGAAGAGUUUGAACAGGUUCAGAGCAUCAUUCGUUCCCAGACUAGCAUGGGGAUGCGUCACAGGGACCGUUCCACUACUGGGAAUACGUUGAAGACUGGCUUCAAUUCAGCAUUGACGACAUACUUUUUUGGAGCCGAUUUGAAGGGGAAACUCACCAUCUCCCACUUCUUGGAGUUCCAGCGGAAACUUCAGCAUGACAUUCUCAAGCUCGAGUUUGAAAGGCAUGACCCUGUAAAUGGUCGAAUCACGGAACGCCAAUUUGGCAGCAUGCUGCUGGCUUAUAGUGGAGUACAAUCCAAAAAGUUGACUGUGAUGCUGAAACAACUCAAGAAGCAUUUCCAGGAUGGAGUGGGACUAACAUUUGAGGAAGUAGAAAAUUUCUUCACAUUCCUGAAAAACAUAAAUGAUGUUGAUACAGCUUUAAGUUUCUACCACAUGGCUGGAGCAUCUCUUGAUAAAGAUACGAUGCAACAAGUAGCCAAGACAGUGGCAAAGGUGGAACUAUCAGACCAUGUAUGUGAUGUUGUGUUUGCUCUUUUUGAUUGUGAUGGAAAUGGAGAGCUGAGCAACAAGGAAUUUGUUGCCAUCAUGAAGCAGAGGCUUAUGAGGGGAUUGGAGAAGCCCAAAGACAUGGGCUUCACGCGGCUCAUAAGGGCUAUGUGGAAGUGUGCUCAGGAGACGGCCUGGGAUUUUGCCAUGCCCAAGCAAUAACCCCCAGAAGACAAGAAAGCCUGGCUGUACCACCGACCUGGCAAGAAUCCUGAAUUCUCCUGCCGCCUUCUGCCUUGUGGCAGAUGCCCCAAGAUGGAAGGUCUUCUUCAGUGGAAGGACUUGUCCUUCAUUAUGGCACUGAAAGACAAACUUUGGGAGGCAAAGACAAUGGAGCUGCACAGCUGACUUCAAAACAUCUAAACUGAAAUUUGAGUCCAUUCUGACAUUUAUCUUGACAGUUUGUUUACUGACCUGCAAACAUUUUUUCUGUUUUCCAUUAAGUUUUCCUUUUUUUUUUUAAUUUCUGGAAGACCAAACCAAUUCCUUCGUCAGUUGGUUUUGAACGUUCCAUCUGUAGUAUCUCUAGUAGAAGAUGGCUGAGUAAGGAUGGUUCAGCGGACAGUGUAUGAGUAGCAGACUGAUUAGAAGGGGUUUGUUGGAUCCAAACAAAAAAACCUCCUUAGACUGAGUCAGCACUUAUCCAGUACCCCAAAAUUGAUCUGAAACAUUUGAAAGUUAAGGGGGGGGGAGAAGGGGGGGAUCACGAUAAACGAAUCCCGACAUUCAGAAAUCCUUACAAAAUGCCCAGAUGCAGACUCUCUUCUCAGUUGUCUGUGAGUUUCAAAGCGAAAGUCAGGUGGGGUGUUAAUAUGAAGGAAUUUUUGCAAGAGGGCUCCUCCUGCAAAAAUGGCUUUGCAUUGCAUUAUGAAAAAACAUUGAAGAAGUGAAUGCUUCUUGGUUGAUCUUUAAAAAAAAACACCACAAGUUAAACAUAAUGUUUUUUCUCAUUUCUCAUUCCAUAAGACCCUUAUCCA